AUGCACGCAAGUACCUCUACGCGAAACUAUUGUCGCCCCUUGUCGCCGUUAGCGCUUUCCAAGGCGCUUCACCUCGCGUCCAUCCCAACGCUCGUUCUUUUGUCCAUGGCAAAUCUCCAUUCCGAAUCUCCUUCAACCAUUCUCGUUGGAUCCUGCCUAUGCGUCGCCGCCACGAGCAUCGUUUUCAACCGCGCAUCCAUCUCGACCGCAAGUCCCAACACGGCACCGGAGCAAACGCCGCGGAGAUUAUCCACAUCGCGACUAAAUCUCGCAAUAUCCCUUCUCCGCGCCUCUUUGUAUGCGUUUAUCGCCGACGGCACCGUCGCACUCCUGCUGGUCAACGCACCCGAGGACCCAUCCCAUCCGUUCGGUUUUGGUUUCGACGAGUGGGCGCAAGUUGGUCUGGCUGGAGUAAUGUGGCUUCUCGGCGCUGCGCUGUGGAUCAUAGAGCCCAUCACCUUCUGGCUCGACUCGCGGUCGAUGUCCAAAGGAGCCCGUCGAGAGGCACUUCUUCGAGGAGAUUAUGAGCAGGUACCGUCGUAUGACCCAGAGGAUACCAUCAUCGUAUGGGAGGAGGAUCCGGAGCAUCCGUCGUUCGUUCAGUUUGUGGACAAGGAAUAA